GUGAAAAAAUGGAGAACUUAAUAAAAGAGAUUUUAAAAAAGCACUUCCCAAACCAAACCCCGUCCCGAUCAACUAAACGACACCGUAGUUCAGCAGCUGUUCUCGCUUAAAUAACCAGAAAACGACACGUCGUUUCUGUCUUCACCUUCACCUUCACUCUCCUCAAUUGCACAUUGAUAAAACCGUCUGUUCCUCCCAUUCCCACUUCCAAGCCAAACGAACUAAACUCACCGGCGAUGUUGCCGGAGAUUCCACCGGCUCCACCAUCGCAACAGUAACCGAUCCUCCGCCGGAACCAUCACAUUAACCACAAUGUCGUCUUCACCGCAGAACAUAAAACAGAGAGUCUUCACAUGCCUGACAAAACUCUCUGACCGCGACACGCAGUCCCUCGCCGCCGCGGAACUCGAGUCCAUCGCUCGUAACCUCGACGCAACCACCUUGCCGGCGUUCCUCUCGUGCAUGUACUCCACCGAUGCCUCCGACAAACCACCGGUGCGCAAGCAGUGCGUACACCUGCUAGGGUUCCUCGCGCAGACGCACGGCAACAUGCUCGCGCCGUACCUGUCGAAGAUCCUCGGCAGCGUCGUGCGGCGGCUCCGUGACGUGGACUCGUCGGUGCGAUCCGCGUGCGUGAAUUCCAUUGCGGCAUUGUCGGGCCACGUCAGCAAGCAACCGCUGAAUUCGUUUCUGAAGCCGUUGGCGGAGGCGCUGUUCACGGAGCAGGACCAGAACGCGCAGGCCAGCGCGGCGCUGUGUCUCGCCUCUGCGAUCGACGGAGCUCCGGAUCCUGACCCGGCCAGGCUGGCGAAGCUCCUGCCGAGGUUCGAGAAGCUUCUGAAGCGCGACGGUUUCAAGGCGAAGCCAGCGCUGUUGACGCUCGUCGGAAGCGUCGUCGCCGCCGGCGGCGCGUCCGGCCACGCUCAGUUAAAGAGUUUGGUUCCCUGCUUGGUGGAGGCGUUGAGCAACGACGAUUGGGCCACGCGGAAGGCCGCGGCGGAGACGCUCGUGGUGGUUGCUGACGUGGAGAGGGAUUUCUUAUCGGAGUUUAAGGGUGAGUGUGUGAGAGUUUUCGAGAAUCGACGGUUUGAUAAGGUGAAGUUAGUUCGGGACGUUAUGAAUCAGAUGUUGGAAGCGUGGAAGCUAGUUCCUGAUGUUUCGGAUGAAGUUUCUCCACCUCCUAAAUCGCAAUCUUCAUCCAAAGAGAAUGCAAGUGAUGGGCGCUAUCCUCAGGUCUCUCAAAAUUCAUGUAGUCCUCGUUCAAUGAUGGCCAAUUUGAGGAGGAAAUCUACUCCUUUUAGCAGAUUCAGUCCAGCAGAUAGUUCUUCUGCUAGCAAUGCUAAGAAUACGAGUGCUUCAAGUAGUAACAAGAGAAUGAGUUCAUCUGUUUCCCGAAAAUUGAACCAUAAGAAUUGGGAUGCUCAAAUUGCCGUGGCUGAUCAGGGAGAUCUUCAGGAGAGGGAUGGAAUUGUUUCGGAAAGGAGCAAAAUGGAUAAAAGCGGAGUUUCAAAGCCAGAAACGAAAAGGGCACUGCUAAACAAAAGUUCUGAGGAUAAAAUACAAAAGUAUGGUGGGUCCAAAGCUGGAUCUCGUGUGGUUCCAUAUCAAGAAGAUGAGAGCCAAGACUCAGUUCCUGUCAGUAUCGUCUCUAAAGAUCUCCAAAGGAAUGACAAAGAGAGUGAAGAUUUAUCGCUGAUCCGUGAUCAGUUACAUCAGAUUGAGAACCAGCAGUCAAGUCUACUUGAUCUUCUGCAGAAAUUCAUGGGAAGCUCACAAAAUGGAAUGCGUUCUUUAGAGACUCGUGUGCAUGGCCUUGAGUUGGCAUUGGAUGAGAUCUCUUAUGAUUUGGCUAUAUCAAGUGGAAGGAUGACUAAACCUGAUCCUCAUGGUAACACAUGUUGCAUGCUACCUGGAGCAGAAUUUUUGAGCUCCAAAUUCUGGAGGAAAACACAUGGCCGGGAUUCAAUCACCCGAUUCUCUAGAUCAGGUGGCACCCCAUCACUUGCUGCCAUGAACUACCAAGCCAACAGGGAUGCUGAAACCAAGUUGGCAAACCACAGAUUCAGGCCUGAUGGAGGCUUCAUCACUAAUCCGCUGGCAGAGAUUCAUACAAACUCGAGGAAUUUUGCAACAUCGGAGAUAGCUUAAAAGAAGGUUAACUUUCCAAAUGCCUCUAGACAAGAUGUGCUGCACAAUCUAGAAUGCAAAUUUGAUCAUUUGAUUCUCAUAUCAGCUUUGAUGGAAGGACCCCCAUUGAUGGGUUUUGCGAUUCAAUCAGAAUUCCAUUUAGUCAUGUUCCAAGUGAAGAAGGCAUGAAGCGGGGCUAGACAAUACAUUAUACGUUGCAGCGCAGAACAUCAUUUGCACAUUCAUGAUAAAUCUUGGACAAGAACAGCACAUUGGAGUGAGUUCGCGACUACAUACCACACUAUUUUAAAAUAAGGGUGAAUUUGUAUAUGUACAGAGGAGUGAGAGGCUGCUUAUUUUUUUAUUUUUAAGUAUUGCGUUGUAUAAUGUAUUCGAGUUAUGUUAAAGGUUCUCUACACUGGCAUGCACUAUCGGCAUUUCAUCAUUUGAUAGCAAUGCUUUUAGUCUAUUAUUCUUCA